CUGUCUCAGGAACAUCAUGCGAUUUCGGCCCAAGAUCAUAAGUAUCACAUUCAAAGGUCAAUUAUAAGCAACUCGUCUUUGAAUUGUGUCUGUCUCUACUGCUACCAGGGAUUCGCUCGGAUGGAAGAUCUCUACCGUCACGCCUCAGAUGGGGGAGAAGGCCACUCUCGCAUUUUGCGUGAAAACCGUAACCGGGACCCUAGGGGGUUUUAUGAUUUCUUCCGAGAGGCCCUCAAUCUGAACGAAGCCCAUGUAGAUGAUUGGACUAUUUGCCAUACACGAAUUCCUAAUCUCUUUGAUCCUAGUCUCUUGAUGGAACUACUGAGAAAUAAAAAAGGCCAUCAAUCAGCAAUCGCGUUCCAAGAUGCUGUCAUCAUGGCUACAACUCUCCGUGCAACGUGCCCGCUAUGUCAUUGCAGCUUCAGCCUACAUUCAACCCUAAAGUCGCACUUGAAGGACCAAUACACAUCAGAGUCACAUAAGAGACUACUCUCAGAACCCGAUGGUCGAUUCGAUACGAUUCGAGUGAUUGAGGAGCUUGUAAAUGGGGCU